GCCACUCCUGCUCACACAGGAAGUGAAAUGUGGAACUACAACCGAAGCGCGGUGGAGGAGAGAUCACACAUUUGGAGCUCUGCAGGUCACUUGAAGCUCACAGAAACCACUGGUGCUGAAACAAGGACUGCUGGGUAAUGGCUGCUCUUGGGGCUUUUCUCACUCUCGCCGUCUGUCUCCUGCUGGGUCAUCAGACAUUUGCUAAAAACAAGUUUCCCUGCCAGCCCUCCAAUUGGAACAACGGCUACAACACCUUUCUCAAACGGCACGUUAUCUCCGGCAUGCCCACUUCUCUCGAUCAGAAUGAAUGGCAGAAGUUCAUCAAGGACAAUACAGGCUGUGACAGACCAACCCAGUCCUUUCUCUAUCCAAAAGACCUGGACAGAGUCAAGGAUGUGUGCACAAACGAAGGAGGGGCGACGUAUAAGGAGAACCUGUGCAUCAGCCGGCAGUCUUUCACUUUUGUCACCGUGAGGAGUGAACCUCGGACAUGUGAAAUCAGGAGCGUCCGAAAAGAAACCAAACAUCUGAUCCUGGCCUGUGAUCUUCUGGACAACAAGUGCCUGCCAGUCCAUUUCGAGGGAAACCCUAAGAACUUAAAACCAAAUAACAACGCCAAAGGCUGCCAGGCCCCAGAGACCAACCUCUUGUCUUUGUGUAAGUUUAAUUGAAACAUUUGCAAACAGACCCACAGCACUCUCAAGCAUGAGAUGAGCAAAUGAGCAAUGAAUGAAGGCAUGUAGGAUUUUUUGUAAAGUUUCUAUGAGUUACUUAUGACUACUCUCUUAUGGCUACACGUCUAUUUUUUUCUUUUUUUUGCCCUGCACAGGUUUGCAUCUUAGAGAUAUUAGAGUGGUUUGAGCUUCCUCAUCUGUCAUUAGUCAUCAGUUUAGCACAUUUUGUUGUAAGUGGAUGAGUUAUAUUUAUGUACAUGCGAUAUAUUAGAAUAAAAUCUGUCUUUUUUGUUGUUGCUGUAAACAGUUUGUCAAUGUGAGCACCUCAUUAAAAAUAAUUGAUUGGAUAUGUUACCUGCUUUGACUUCUUUAUUGUGAGUGAUAAUAUCUGGAUCAUGUCA